ACAGAUCAGGGAACUCAACGGCUGGCCGGUCAUCGUCGAACAGGUGUUUCUCCAGGCGACUGCUGCGAGUUCUUCUUCAGCUAAAGAUAGUGUUGGAUCUUUAAGUGAUUGGUCUUGUGGUCUCAGCUAAAUCAUUAAUCAUCGUGUUGCAUGGAGAACUUAGUGGGUGUAUUGUUCUUGUAGAAUCACUGGGGUCAUUUCGCAUUAGUCAUUUUCGAUUCAGUGAUUCGUCCCUGUCUGUGGAACACAACUCUUAGAUCGGGCAAGUUUCCAUCAGUAUUAUCUCCAGAUGCCAAGUUUUCAGAAGCAGCAUAGUUCGGCGAGUGUCCUCAGUUUUUAUCAGCAGCCUCCGCAGAUGAUCGAACCGCGUUAUUUGUCCAACUACGAGCAAAUAGACAGCGGCAUGAAGAGGGGUUUGGCUGGCCAAGGAUUCGACUCAUCCUUUCAGAACUACGACGAACAAAUUUUCACCCUCGAUUCUUCCACAUCAGCUUCCGGCCUUGCUUCCUAUGAUUCUGGUUCCAAUAUCAGCACCUCACCUGAUGGGACUCCCUUUGUGAAGUCCUUUCACUCAGAUCAACAUCUUUCUGUUGAAAAUGUCUCCGGAUCGCCACUAAGUGUUUCUUCCAUUACUGACUAUGGCAAUGAUGAGCUUCGAGACAAAUUGAGGGAGUUGGAGAUGUCACUGUUGGGACCGGAAUCAGAUAUCUGCGAUUACCAGAGCAGUUGCUUUAAGAACAGCUCCCACAAUAUUUUUCCCACAUCAAUGUGGCAUUCGAGCCGAGUUAGAGAUAUGAUGCCCAAACCUGACCUGAAACAAGUGGUAAUCGCCUGUGCAAGGGCAAUCUCUGAUGCCGAUACUUCUAGUGCAGCAGCUCUAAUGGAUAUGCUGGAGCAAAUGGUGUCGGUUAUGGGCGACCCGAUUCAGCGUCUUGGUGCUUACCUCUUGGAAGGGCUUAGGGCGAAAUUGAAAUUUUCCGGGAGCAUAAUUUACCGAAAGCUCAAGUGCGAAGAACCUACGAGCUCAGAAUUGCUGACUAACAUGCAGGUUCUCUAUCAGAUCUGCCCCUACUGGAAGUUUGCAUAUGUGUCCACAAAUGUCAUCAUCACCAAAGCCAUGGAAAACGAACAGAGAAUUCACAUUGUCGAUUUCCAGAUUACACAGGGCAGCCAGUGGGUCACUUUCAUCCAGGCCCUCGCACAGAGGCCUGGUGGCCCCCCCCUCCUCCGCAUCACUGGCAUCGACGAUUCUGAUUCAGUUCAUGCUCGUGGUGCGGGACUGGAGAUUGUAGGGCAGAAGCUUUCGGAAAUCGCAGAGUCAUGUAACGUGCCGUUCGAGUUCCAUGAUGCAGCCGUUUCUUUAUCUGAGGUUGAGCUACAGAAUCUUAUGAUUCGGCCUGGGGACGCUUUGGCAGUGAACUGUCCUUACAUAUUGCAUCACAUACCCGAUGAGAGUGUGAGCACUCAGAAUCACCGAGACCGGGUGUUGAGACUGAUCAAGAGUUUGUCGCCGAGAGUGGUGACCCUCGUGGAGCAAGAAUCCAACACCAACACAUCCUCAUUCUUUCCGAGGUUCAUCGAGACCUUCGACUAUUACAAGGCCAUGUUCGAGUCCAUCGACGUCGCUCGGCCGAGGAACGACAAGCAGCGGAUCAGUGCAGAGCAGAACUGUGUGGCCCGGGACAUUGUGAACAUGGUAGCCUGUGAUGGGCCUGAGAGGAUGGAAAGGCAUGAGCUUUUCGGCAAAUGGCGGUCCAGAUUCCAAAUGGCCGGUUUCAAUCAGCUACCAGUGGACGCAUCGGUUACUCGUGCUGUGCUCGAUAUGCUGAAGCAGUAUCACGGGAAUUACAGAAUCGAGCAGAGGGAGGGGGCUCUAUAUCUUGGCUGGAUUAAUAGAGCCAUGUCGACUUUAUCGGUUUGGAGGUGAAUCUUGACAUCCUGUGCUAGCUGCUGGCUUUGUAAAUUUUGCUGUCAACACCGUAGUUGCUCCCGCCUAUAUAAGGAAGAAUGUUGUCUAUAUAUAGUUUGAUUGAAUGCUCACAAUUCAUAGUGCACCAGUACACAAGAUCGCUUUUCUUUUCUUGUUUUGCCAAUUUCUUUGUUCCUCGCUCUCUGGGAAUGCGAACUUUGCAAAUGUCCACACAUCCAAAAGGGACCAGAGUAGCAUGGUUUAUCUGCAAA